UUAUUUAUUUACAAAAUACGGCUUUAUUCUUUAAAAUAUACUUCUAAUUAAUACUAGAAGUUUUUGCAGAAAAUUUAAGCUCUGUAUAACUAAUGGCAUCGCUACUUUUACUUAGGUCUAUGUUAUAUGCUAACGCUUUGCACAAGUCCAAGAAAAAGAAACAGAAAAAGCGUAAGAAAUCUAAAUCGUAUACUAGUAUAUCGAGUUUCAAAAUAGCUCCAGGCAUGUGCAGGAUAUGUGCUUCAGAAAAUGGGGAUGUUCCCAUUUUCAACAACUUCGUACAACCCAAUAUUGCGGAAGAAAUAAAACAUUUUUCCGGUGUUACGAUCAGCAAGACUGAUGCCAUGACACAGAUGUGUCAAAACUGCCUUGAUUUACUCAAUGGCUGUAUCAUGUUCAGGGAUAUGUGCCAAAACAAUGACAAGAGAUUGCAAGAGUUAGAAGAGAUAUCUGUGAAAGAAGAAUAUGUAAAAUGUGAAAGUAUGCAAAAUGAUGAUGAUCAAGAGCUUAAUGACCUACCUGACGAACACAAUGAAGACAGCAAUGACUCCUACAACAUACCCUCGCCUACAUUUUCUGAUGGUGCAGCUAUUUGGGGCUGUAAUACAUGUGGAAAAGACUUCUUUGAUAUGGUUUCCUAUAGUGACCACCUAUCGCGUUGUCCCGGAGACAGUGUGCCAAAACCACCAGAAGAACUAACAAAGAGAAAAUUUCUUUGUGACAUAUGUGGUAAAACAUGCUCAUCCAAUGCUAGUUUACUAGUGCAUAUGGGCAUCCAUGAAAACGUAUUUCCCUUCAAAUGCGACGUGUGCCCAUACCAAGGCCGCACCAUGGACCUGCUGAAGGUGCACAAGAGGUCCCACAUGGCCGACAAGCCGUUUAAGUGCACGCAGUGCCCCAAGGCCACCACCACGUCCAGUAAUCUGGCCAAACACAUGCGCCAUGUGCAUAGCACGCAGAGGCCUUUCAAGUGUACAUAUUGCGACAAGGCGUUCUCGUACCAACACGACAUGAAGCGACACAUCAAGGACAUACACCUGCGGCAGGGCACUGUCGAGUGCGACGUCUGCUACAAGAAAUUCAACACUAAGAAAAUACUACAAGGCCACCGAUGGAAAAUUCACAAAAUCAAAGGGGAGCGGCAAGGGCGCCUGCCGUCGUACUUGCAGCACCAAAUGGAGGAGCAGGACCACCACGACCAAGAGGUCGCCAUGCGACAUAUGGAGCAGCCCUACUGAUAUUCAUAAAACAUAU